AUGUCCACCGACCAAACUCCGGCAGAAUCCGGGAGGACCCUUGAUGCAACUUCGACUGCUUCCGUUGGUUGUGUCGAGUGUCGCACGCGACGACUACAUUGCGAAACAGAUGCCGCGAAUCCUCGCCAGGCUUGUGGCAGUUGUGUACGAAAUGGAUACAUCUGCUCCAACAUCACAAAUACUGCCACUGCUCCACGUCCACGCGCCACACCGCGUAAUCGCGUUCAAAAGGCCAAAGACCGUGCCCCCAAACGAGUAGCUUGUGAUUGGUGUCGUCGCCAGAAAGUUCGCUGCUCUGGAGAGAAGCCCUGUAGUGCUUGUGCCAUACGCGAUCAAUCAUGUGUAUAUCCUAGACGACAAUUAGAUGAUGGCAAUCACAAUUGGGAAACCAGCUUACCUCGUUAUGAUGUUCCUGGCCACAAUCAAAUUCAUGACUUGCCGUCGUCAACUUUGCAGCCGGGUCAAAUCUACCAAGCCCCGGCCCCUAUGGCCCGUCAACCAGUUCCCGACUUGGUGUCGGAAGCCAUAAAACGCGACUACUAUCUAGAUCUAGACAGAGAAGUCAUCGCCGAGUACAUAGAAGCCUUCUUCCGAUUUGUAUAUCCUGUUGGUUGCAUGAGCUUUUUGCAUCAACCGACCUUCUUACGACAAUGGCACACCCAUACCGUGAAUGUUUCUCUGCUCAAAGUCGUCUGUGGGUGUGCCCUUCGAGUAUUAUCAACGACCCAAGAAGACAACGAGCGAGCAGCACGAUGGAUGCAUGAAGCAGAAUUUGAUGCUUUUCGAAAUCUCGGAGAUCUGACCAUUCCUCGUUUGCAAGCUUUAACAUUACUUGCCUUCUUCGAAUUCACCUAUCACGUACACUCAACAAAGGCUCUCAUGUUACUUGGGCUGGCGGCCCGUCUUGCAUUCGCAAAGCGUCUCAAUUACGAAGACUCCACAUUGUCAGUAGUCGAGCAAGAGUCUAGAAGACGCCUCAUGUGGUCUAUCUUUGUCCUCGACAAGUUCUGUUCCGGCGGUGUUGACGAGCUGAUUUUGGUCCCUGCUGAGAACAUGCAGAUCCGUCUCCCCACUAUCGAGAGAGCUUUCGGCUUCGGACAGCGUACCGACACAGAGGUACUUCGUCCUCAAAUCGAGGAGGGCGUACCGGUCAGCAACGCCAAGGGCAUGGACGAAUCUGCCUAUACCAUUCGUUUGUUGGACCUAUUACGCAACAAAAUUCACAAAUUCACCAAGCGAGUUUUGUCCACAGAUGAGAGUCUAUACACCUCGGCACAAGAGUUCCUCCGCCUAGACUCUGCAAUAGAUGCAAUUGAGCAGCAAAUCCCUACAGACAUCAGAUGGGACAAAGCGCAUCUGCGACAACGAAUGUAUGCGCCAGGCCUAUCGAGUUAUAUUAUGCUCCAUACCUGGCGACUCCAAUGCAAACUUGACCUGCAUCGCUUGACCGUGUCAGGAACAAAAGAAUGUAUUUCUGAAGUUGCGCUGCGGAACACACCUCUGAGUUUCGCACAGAAUAUGAGAUUAAAAUGCCUGUCGCAUGCCAUCGAGCUGACGAAGAUGUGGGCAGAAGUGCUAGACCUUGGCCUAGCGAAACCAGUACAUGAUGCAGCCAUCUCUGGUUGUGCACAUCAAUGUGCGAAGAUCCUGACACUCAUACCUGAUCAGAUCGGUUACUCAGCACCUGGCCAGGAGAACAGAGUCGGCGCCGUGUUGGUCUGUCAGAUGAUGAUAGAGCCGCUGAAGGACAUCUAUCCCAAAGCCAAGAUCUUGUACGAUGACGUGUGUCACAUGAGAGCCAAACUCAACACUGCUCCGAUAGCAGAGCCUCCCAACGUGAUACAGCACAUGAACGAGCACGCGAUGGGAAACAUGAUGCAGGCGAACGAUGAGGAUCAAGUCAGGACUUUGCUCAACCAGUACAAUGCAUGA